AUGGCUUCCUCCCUCGUCGCCCUGCAAUCAUUCUCGGCUCUCUCCUUCAGCACUGCCGUCAAAGGGGCUUCGCUUUCCGCGCAUCGCCUAGCAGUCGCUUCCGCCAUUGCUCCCUGCAGGACAGGUGUCACCGCCCUCCUAGGCUUCAACAAAUCCGCCGUCCCCGCUAAAACCACACCCGCUAAGAAGCAACCCCGCACCGAAGAUGGCAUCUUCGGCACAUCCGGCGGCUUCGGCUUCACGAAAGCUAACGAACUUUUCGUCGGCCGCAUGGCGAUGCUCGGAUUCGCCGCGUCGCUCCUUGGCGAAGCCAUUACCGGGCAAGGAAUCCUCUCGCAACUCAACCUGGAAACCGGAAUCCCCAUCGCGGAAGCCGAGCCGCUGCUCCUCUUCUUCAUCGCAUUCACCGUGCUCGGCGCGAUCGGCGGGCUGGGCGACCGCGGGCGAUUCGUCGAUGACGAGGCGCCUGCCGGGCCGCCCGUGAAGCCUGGCAGUUUCAAGGCUGCGCUUGGACUGAGCGAGGACGGGCCGCUGUUCGGGUUUACCAAGGCAAAUGAGCUUUUCGUGGGGCGCAUGGCGCAAUUAGGGUUUGCUGCGAGCUUGGUUGGCGAGGUGAUCACUGGGAAAGGUGCUCUGGCGCAGCUGAAUAUCGAGACUGGGCUGCCGAUUUUUGAGUUGGAGCCGCUGCUGCUGGCGAGUAUUGUGUUCUUCUUCGUCGCGGCUAUUAACCCCGCACCCCGUUCCUGGUUGUGCUCCGUAUACUGCGUCUGCAUAGCCGGCAAAGGCGCCUCAAUUCCAUUCCAUCGCCUAGCAGGCACCUCCGCCAUUGCUCCCUGCAGGCCAGGUGUCACCUCCCUCCUAGGCUUCAACAAAUCCGCCGUCCCCGCUAAAACCACUCCCGUCAAGAAGCAACUCCGCACCGAAGAUGGCAUCUUCGGCACAUCCGGCGGCUUCGGCUUCACGAAAGCGAACGAACUUUUCGUCGGCCGCGUGGCGAUGCUCGGAUUUGCAGCGUCGCUCCUUGGCGAAGCGGUUACCGGUCAAGGAAUCCUAACGCAAUUUAACCUCGAAACCGGAAUCCCCAUCACGGAAGCCGAGCCGCUGCUCCUCUUCUUCAUCGCAUUCACCGUGCUCGGCGCGAUCGGCGGGCUGGGCGACCGCGGACGAUUCGUCGAUGACGAGGCGCCUGCCGGGCCGCCCGUGAAGCCCGGCAGUUUCAAGGCCGCGCUAGGACUGAGUGAGGAGGGACCCCUGUUCGGGUUUACCAAGGCAAAUGAGCUUUUCGUGGGGCGCAUGGCGCAAUUAGGGUUUGCGGCGAGCUUGGUUGGCGAGGUAAUUACUGGGAGAGGUGCUCUGGCGCAGCUGAAUAUCGAGACUGGGUUGCCGAUUUUUGAGUUGGAGCCGCUGCUGUUGGCGAGUAUUGUGUUCUUCUUCGUCGCGGCUAUAAACCCCGGUACAGGGAAGUUCAUCAACGACGAGGAGUAG